CUGAACUUUCUUCUCCACAUAUUGUUCUAACUCGAUCAGGCCAUGGAUUCUUCGUCACUAAAGGGUAUUGAGCUUGGGAAGCUUAUUUUGACCUCUGGUCUCUUAGACAGCUCGUGGACUAAGAUCUCAGAGAUACAGAAAUCAAGCUCUCGAGGAUUCAAGAUUUACCAAGAAGCCAAAUUUACAUUUGUGGUUUUCUCUGCGCCACCGAUUAGCAGAAAUGGAUCUUAUGCUUCUGCUUCUGCUCCCACUCCUGUUCCUGGUCCUGAGCCAGAAGCUCCUAAUCCGUUUCACUUCCUCUGCUCCGAGACAACCCCCUCAUUCACUCUUCAUACACCUGCUUUUGAGCUUUUUAAUAAAUAUCUCCCUGAUUUCAAAUCAGAGUUGCUGAUCGACUCAGAGCAAAUGUCUUAUACUUCUGCUUCUAGUCCUGUUCCUGAUCAAGAUCCUGAGUCAAAAGUUAACAAUAAAACUAUCCCUCAACUCAAAUUAGAGUUUCUGGAAUCAAAGAAACCGGUGAUCAUCACCGGAGCUGGGUUAGGAGGAUCCGUCGCAUCUCUCUUUACACUAUGGAUGCUAGAAACAGUCAAGCCAGGACAAAAAUUUCCCUUGUGCAUCACGUUUGGCUCGCCUUUCGUUGGAGACGCCAGGCUGCGACAGAAUCUAGAGAACUCCGUGAGCAAAUCAUGUUUCCUUCACGUGGCUGAUGCUGCACAAACUCCCAUCACAGAGGGUUUCAAGCCUUUUGGAACCUACUUGAUCUGUAAUGAUCAAACCGAGUGUGUUUGCAUCGAGGACCCUGAAGCGGUCAUGGAGUUGCUAAAGGGUGUUAACUCGGAUCUAGUAGAAGACUACGGCGAGAUUCUACAUCGUCUGAACCAGUCGGUGUUAUCUAUGGAGGAUUCAGGAUUGAUGAGUGAUGAUCUCAUAAAACGAAUGAAGGAACGUGCGGAAAAGAAGGUGCGUUUUGACCCGUUUAAGAAACUAAACGACAUGAAGAUCUUAAUGGCGUAUCUAGAAUGGUACAAAAAGGUAAGCAGGUGGGACAAGAACGGUUACUACGAUCAGUAUCGGUUGCAGAUUCCAACCAAAGCCAAAGCCAAUAUAAAGGUUGAGGCGUUUAAGAAAGAGCUAAACGGUUACUGGACAUCGGUGGUUGAAGAUGCAAAGAAGAAGCCUCAGAGCGAUAUAUCAAUUCUCAAGAGACGGUUUCUAUUCGCAGGGAACAAUUACAGAAGAAUGAUUGAACCGCUCGAUAUUGCUGAAUAUUACCGCAACUGUAAGACAGAGUAUCUGGAAACCUCCUCAGUUGAAGGAGGAAGGUCUUCCCACUAUGUUAUGCUCGAGAAAUGGUUUGGAAAUGCAUCGAUAGAACCUUUUAGAUGCGAGAAUAGAGAUCUGAGUGAUCUUUUAACGUUUGAUUCUUGCUUCUGGGCUGAAGUGGAGGAAGCCUUGGUCGUAAUCAAUGAGAUGAAAACACACGAGGGGAUGACUGACGAGGUAUCGAUCGCAAAACUCGUCAAGUUUGAGGAAUACGUGUGGGAGAUGAUCGGAAAACGUGAGGUUUCGCCGGAGAUUUUCUUGGAGAAGAGCAGUUUCAUGAAGUGGUGGAAACAGUACAAAGAGAUCAGUGAUUCACCUUCAGAGUUUACCAACUUUAUGAACACUGGGAAGUAUGAGAGUUAUGGUAAGCCUGCGUGGAACUCAGGCUGAAACAGCCACUUGCAUGCACAGCUAGUCAAAAUCACGUCACAAUGACGAAUGACCACAAGGUUCACAAGACUGCCUUUCUCAAAGCAUAAAAAAAUAGGCACAUUCUUCUACUCAGCCAAAGUGGAAACCUUCAAGUGAGUAGUCACCAUAUCUUUCAUUUAUAUUUUGAUGGUUUGCUUGUAAGCAAAUGUUUAGUUGACUUCAAUACAGCAAACAAAUUAACAAAAAAGGGACAAUUUACACAACAUCCACAAA